CCAAAUAUUUGAAUUUCAAGAGUGACUGCGUGGGGCGGGCAACGCCUCCUUUCUCUGGACGGUUGCAUACCGAAGCUCCUUUAUAACCAAGCAAACAAGUAUCUGUAUCACUGAAUCUCCGAAGCAACCCAAGUGUUUGUCUGAGAAAGGUAAAAAAAGAAACAAAAACGGAAGAAGUGAUGGACGCGUUCGAGAAGCUAGAGAAAGUGGGAGAAGGAACAUACGGUAAAGUUUACAGAGCAAGAGAGAAAGCAACAGGCAAGAUCGUAGCCCUAAAAAAAACUCGUCUUCACGAAGACGAUGAAGGCGUGCCCGCAACCACUCUGCGUGAAGUCUCCAUUCUGCGCAUGCUCUCUCGUGAUCCCCAUAUUGUUAGAUUGAUGGAUGUUAAACAAGGCCAGAACAAAGAGGGAAAGACAGUGCUCUACCUGGUUUUUGAGUACAUGGACACCGAUCUUAAGAAGUUAAUCCGUAGCUUCCGGCAGUCUGGUGAGAUUAUUCCCGCUAAAACUGUGAAGUGCUUGAUGUACCAGCUUUGCAAAGGUGUUGCCUUCUGCCACAGGCAUGGAAUCUUGCAUAGGGAUCUUAAGCCUCACAAUGUCUUGAUGGAUCAAAAGACUUCAAUGCUUAAAAUAGCAGAUCUUGGACUAGCUCGAGCAUUUACUCUUCCAAUUAAGAAGUAUACUCAUGAGAUAUUGACUCUUUGGUACAGAGCUCUAGAAGUCCUUUUGGGCUCAACCCACUAUUCUACUGCAGUGGAUAUGUGGUCUGUUGGCUGUAUAUUUGCCGAGUUAGUUACAAAACAAGCACUUUUCCCAGGAGAUUCUGAACUACAACAGCUGCUGCACAUUUUCAGGUUAUUAGGUGCUCCAAAUGAAGAAGUAUGGCCACGAGUGAGUCGACUAGUGAACUGGCACGAGUACCCGCAAUGGAAACCUCAAAGUCUGUCAUCAGCUGUUCCUUACUUGGACGAGAAUGGGCUUGAUCUGCUUUCAUAUGAACCAUCUAAGCGGAUCUCUGCCAAAAAGGUGAUGGAACAUCCUUACUUUGAUGAUGUGGACAAGACCCGCCUCUAAAGACAAGUGCCUACUAGGAUUAGAGAUUAGGGUUCUUAUUUUGGUAUUUGGACGGCAAAGUCUAUUUGCUUCUUCUCUCAAGAAUGGCUAUGAAUUGUUUCAAGAUUAAUCGCCUUGUGCCCUUAGUAUUGAAUGACUAUGGAUUCCUUUAGCAGAGAUUGCUUUAACAAGUUUCAUAUCCCAUUGAAAGCAAUUGAAUUCGAAAGUUCAAAAUUACAA